AUGAGCCUCUUUGCCAAGGAGCAGCUGUACCUUGAUUGCUGUGCCGCCUACAACGUCGAUGCAGAAUCACUGCUGUCCGAUGAAGAUUAUGAGAAGCUGAAGACAGAUCUUACCUUCGAGGGAUCACAAGUCAUCCUCAUGUCCAGAGAGGAGAUCAAGUUCAUGGUUGCAGCCAACAGGUACAACAAAGGGAAGCCCAUCAUGAGCGAUGAGGAGUUCGACACCUUGCGGAAGAAGCUCAAGAACAAGGGUUCCUUGGCUGUCAAGCACGAGGCCGCCUCCUGCAAGCUGGACGAGAGUGGACGCAAAGUCUGCAAGGCCGACAUUUUCCCUGACGAGGGCAAGAACGCCCUGCUGUACACUCCUGCCUUGGUAUUGACCGCUCUGCUCUUCAACGAAUGGGCGUUCUGGUUCAAGGCAACGUGCCCCUCCUGCGGCACUCCUCAGAACAUUUACUUUGGAGACAUCCUCUGGGUUUCGGGAAAGCCGGUGGAGAGCUCAGUGCAGACGCAAUGCUGCAACAAGGCAUGUGGCGUCGAGCUCGUGGCCGACAAGAAGCGCAUGAUCGUCGAGUCGUUCUCCAAGUAG